CGUAACCAAAUUUCUCCCAGCUUCGAAAUCCUGUUGGAAGUCUUCCUGAGCACGGACUUCUUGAUAUUUGACACGAGGGCAGAUAACUUCCCAACACAUUCCGAGGAGCGGGAGCGAGCCUUUACUAAUUCUAAUGGGGUAUCGAUCCGAAUGCCGAAGCAGUCGUSGAAUUUUUGGCUUGCUUUUCAGUUUGUUUGUCGUUUUUUUUGUCUUCGACUUUCAGUGCCUUCAGAACGUCCAAGCAAGCAGCAAUGGUCGGGGCGUUGGUGGACGCAGCAGUUAUCCUUCCCCAAACCCCUCGUAUUACGAUGUGCUAGGGGUCUCCARAUCGGCAGACCAAAAAGAAAUUAAAAAAGCRUACAGGAAGCUUGCACUUCGAUUGCAUCCAGAUAAGGGCGGAGACGAGGAGAAGUUUAAGGAAGUAUCGAAAGCGUACGAAACCUUAUCCGACGAAGAAAGACGAAAAACRUACGAUAUAUAUGGCGAAGCCGGUGUGGAGAAUGGAUCGGCUCCCAAUGGAUUUUCGGGGGCCAACCCUUUCGGAAGUAGCAGUAAUGGAAACGCCUUCSAAAAUUUCUUUUCUUCCACGAACAAUUUUAGAGGGUCUCGUCAAAGCUUUUCCUUUGGGGAUGCAACGGGAAACAUAGAUCUUUCUGAAAUAAUUAAAGAAAUGAUGGGGGGUGAGGCGGUGGGAACCGAUCAAUUCGAGAAGCGAUCAGSAAGAGGACCCUCAUCUUCAGAGGGAAAGAAGAUGAAAUCAUACACCCAUCGUGUCCGUUGUACACUGGAAGAGCUUGCCGUUGGAAAAUCCAAAAAAUUUAAAAUAAAAUUUCAGGGCAAAGAGAAAGUUUAUGACAUCAAUCUCAAGCCUGGAUGGAAGGACGGUACGAAAGUCAUAUUCCAGGGAAAGAACAAGAUCCCAACGAUGAUAUUUGUGAUUGAGGAAUUGCCGCAUGAGUAUCUCCGACGAGAAGGAGAUGAUUUGCACUACACAUGUUUCUUUUCCGAAGGUCAGGCUCAGCAAGAAAUAAAAUUAAAUUUACUCCUUCCAUCGGGAGAGGAUUGGUCACAAACCGUGAAUUUGCAUGACGAGUCAUCUACUCCCUUACCACKAAAUGGGAAGAUUCUAGUCAUUCCAUCGAAGGGAAUGCCAAAGAAGGGUGGACCAGAACACGGGAAYCUCGUGGUCGAAUUUCGACGUCGAAGGUCUCCACCCAAGAAACAUUGAUAUUUAUUCUCGUAGAGGUAUUUGAUGAAAUUGAGGCACAACAUCAUAGGGUAACACAGUAGAGCUGGGUCACUUCGUCCGAAAUAUUUUUUCAGAUUUGUUUUCUKUGUUUUCAUUGUGUCUCUCUUUCCGAGUAAGGUACACCUCUCCCAAAUACUUGUGAAAACGCACAUGCACGACAAUGUUUGAAGAAGAACUGCUUUUUAAGCAAACUUUCAACCAGAUAUCAAUUUUACUUCAUACAGUGGCAACUAGGAUUUAUUUUCCAUUCGCUAUCUUCUACAUUUGGCAAAAUCAUUUAAURAAAGUGCAUUUGCUUGUGUGUGCGUUUUUGCUAUUACUCUUUCACGUGUAACCUCAUCAGAGAAUGUGUUAAGAUCUUUACCUAUUGAAUCCUAGGUUAAAUUGAUUUAAUUGAGAUUCUGAAAUUACUUUUCAUUCGAUUUUUUGAAUGUUYGUUGCUUCGCAUUGAACGAAGUGGAGAGUUGAAAAUUGCGUGAAUGGUACAGUCGAUGCAUUCAAAAGUUUGAUACAUCUAAAAUACCACAGUAUCCAGCAUUGUGCCUAGGCAUUGAAUGAUAUUUGAACUCAUUAGUUCUGCGACCGAAGUUUCAAGGUGUCUUUUCGGAUCGAUCUUUCCCACGUUGUCAACUAAGAUUUGUUCCGAGGUCUUCCCUUCUUCUUGCUUCACACGUUCGUUGUAAUCUGUGGUCAGUUUCAGCAUUUUUUCGACAAGGUCUUGAUUUGACUGCUGGUGGUCUUCAAACUUCUCGAGGGAUAGACCAUUCGUCCAAUUCCGCUUGUGCAAAUUCAUCAGCAUUUGUUCCUCUAGUUCGUUCUUGCGAUAAUCAAUCACAAUAGAAUAGUAGUGACGAUUCAAUCCAUGUAUGAGCGCUUGAAUAGAUGGCUUUUGUAGAUGACCGAUGUUGCUUGUUGUCUGGCGUGGCUCUUGCCCGAGCAUCAUGAGCUGUGGAUUGAUCAGUCGAAAACAAUCAAUAACAACCUUUCCUUUCACGGACUGAAUUGGAUCUACCACUAGUGCCACCGCUCUGCUAUUCAAAGCUUCGAAGGAUGAUUGGGUGUUGAUGUCGGUCGACGACAACCAGCAGCCAAAACCAGGAUGCGAAUGGUACCAACCAACCACCAUUUCAGGCCGUCCCGUUUGUUUCAGCAUAUCCAACAUUUUCGUUUGAAACACCGGGUCCACGGCCUCGACGCUCACGGAUGUUCCUGACUGAGGCAUUGCAAAGACGUCCACACAAUUGAUUGUAUAAUCAUCAACAAAUUGACCUAGCAUKAGACCCAUGACCUCCAUCGGAACCCCAGCUCUUCCGUGCUUGAGCAUUUUCAGAAGCGCAAGUGAAGAAACGUGCACCUUUUCUGCACAAUCUGGAGUCGGCGAAUCCGAACCAGCGCCGGCUCCAAGGCCGCCAGCUCCGGGCAUGCCUCGCAUUAGUUGAUGCAAUCUUUCCAUGGUCUACAAGUUCUGCUCUGGUUCGAUUACUCCCUCUUCAGAAUUGUUACGUAUUGAUUUGUUUCAGUUGAUGUGAUCGUUUUAUUCAUCAAAAAAAAUAAAAAGUACGAGUACAA